GCCGUUCGCGUCUCCUAGAAGUUUGGCAGGUCGUUUCGUCGUUUUUGGAUCAAAUUUUGUCCCCUUUACCAUCGAGCACAGGUCAUCACGUCUAUUUGCGCACGCAGUGUAUGUGUUCAUGGUUGUUGCUGCUUCGUAACUUUAAGGAUAUCGUCAGACAACACGCGGAAACAGGGAUUUAAGGUCACCCAGUGAUCUGUUGUUGAGUGGGGGACUUUUAAGUUUGGGUCGGAAACCGGUACGGUGGGACUAUUUUAAUGGAUAAUAGGACGAUUUUUGAAAUGGCAGAAGAGAAUGAGUUACUUAGCGCUUCAGAAAUUAUAAAAGAUCGCUUGUAUUUUGCAACCUUGCGGAAUAAACCUAGAAGUACUACAAACACACACUAUUUCUGUAUCGACGACGAGUUAAUUUAUGAAAACUUUUACGCUGACUUCGGGCCACUAAAUUUAGCUCUGUUGUACAGGUAUUGCUGUAAACUAAACAAGAAGUUAAAGUCUUUUUCUCUGAACAAAAAGAAGAUAGUCCACUAUACCAGCUUUGAUGCCAGAAAACGUGCCAAUGCGGCUUUCCUGAUAGGUGCCUAUUCGAUAAUAUAUUUAAAGAAGACUCCCGAGGAAGCGUAUCGUCCUCUGGUAGCUGGCAAUAAUCCCCCAUAUUUACCAUUCAGGGAUGCAUCGUUCGGUUCGUGUACAUACAAUCUUACACUUUUAGACUGUCUGAAAGCAAUAGAUAGAGCUUUAGACAAUGGUUUCUUUCACUUUGAUACAUUUGACGUAGAGGAGUAUGAACAUUAUGAGAGAGUGGAGAAUGGUGAUUUUAACUGGAUCAUACCGGAUAAAUUUCUUGCAUUCAGUGGGCCACAUAAUAAAAGCAAAAUUGAAAACGGCUACCCACUUCAUGCUCCGGAAGCCUACUUCCCAUACUUCAGGAAACACAACAUUACAACUGUAGUGCGGUUAAACAAGAAAAAUUAUGAUUCCCGGCGGUUUACAGAUGCAGGAUUUGACCAUCAUGAUCUUUUCUUUAUUGACGGCAGUACGCCGAGUGAUGCACAUGUUCAGAGAUUCUUGUCAAUCAGUGAAAAUGCUGAGGGCGCUAUUUCAGUACAUUGUAAAGCUGGUCUUGGUAGAACUGGUACACUGAUAGGUUGUUACAUGAUGAAACACUAUAAAUUUACGGCAGCAGAGACGAUAGCGUGGUUGAGAAUAUGCAGGCCUGGAUCUGUUAUAGGACCACAACAAAAUUACCUUGAGGAGAAACAAGCAAGUAUGUGGGUACAAGGUGAUAUCUAUAGGAAAAAACUGAAAGAAGGACGGCUAACGAACAAAUCUAGUGUAACAAAGAUACUCUCAGCAGUAGAUGACAUAUCAAUUGAUGAUUCUGACAGAGGCUACUCUAAAAUGGAGGAUGACGAUCUCAAUGCUCCUGAGAACGACGAUAAUCAUAAUGAGCUUCGUACAUUAGAUAGAUACUACCAGGAUGCUGAUUACAAUAGCAGGACAGCACGGCGGUCAGGGGGACUUACACAAGGGGAUAAAUUGAGACAGUUGAAAGUACAGCGAAAAGCAAGAUCAGCCACCACAGGAGCUCUUAAGUUGGAAGAUGGUAAGCUCCAUGCCAGAUCCCCAUCACAACCAUUCAGAUUAACAACAUCAACAGCAGCUCAAAGCACAAUGUCACCAAUGAAGUCUUCCAAAGUUAGUAGUACAGGAGUACAUCUAGGUUCCACCAAGAGAUCUACACGGCAUACACAUGCUGGUGCUAGUGGUACUGCUGCAUUGAGAAGCUCCAUCAGGUUAAGUAGAGAGUACAAUAGCGCUAUCAACACCGAUAGUAGUUACGGCUCCCCUACUGCGGUGCCUGUCAAAUACCACACUAGAUCUACUCCAUCGUACUACACGUAUGCUUACCAAUAAAUCUGUUGUCCAGUAGUCUUGAAGACAAGAAUCUACAAGUACUCAAAAAGAGAGAUAAUCCAUACAUUGUUCUAGGGAAGUUGAUGUCUUAGUUAUUGGUAGUUGAGUAGGGCUGGUCCCAGCUGAACCUAUUAGAAUCAAGAUUUAAAGACACAUUCGUGACCAACGAAGCUGCUUACAUAAAAGAUUUUGUUUUGUUUUUCAAAGAUGCGCAUUAAAAAAACUGGAAUGAUGGAUUGCUUGCUUUGUAGUUUCCUUUUACAGGGAUUCAUAGUGUUAUGCCAUUGAAUUAUGUAUUAUUGAAAGUACAGUCAUAACAAGUACUGUAGAAUACUUUAUUUUCGCUUGGAAUUUAUUUUCGCUAUUUUCGCUGAAGGGAUGAUUCCGUGAAAAUAAAAUCCAGCGAAUAUACUUUUUUUCCUAUAUUUCACAUUAAACUCAACAAAAAUCAGUGAAAAUAAGUUCCACAAAAAACGCCCAAAAAGCAUUUUCAGCGAAAAUUAAUUCCAGCGAAAAUAAAGUAUUCCACAGUAUUGUUUAUUUCAUUGUAUCUUCACAAAAUCCAAACUACAAAUACAUUUAUUAUAUGUACAGUGUUUCAAGCAUUGUGAAAGUUUUGACAAUUUAUCACAUUUUGGAGCUUUUGUUUGUUCAUAUCACAGAAAAAAAAAAUUAUUUCGUUCCAUACAAAAUUCAUUGAAUUUAAUGUUGUGCUUUUUAAAAUCGUUCAGACAAUGGUCACAUAUUCACAAAGUCAUCAUUCAAAAAUCAUGUUGUAAUAUGGCUGCCUUUAACCUCUGACCUCUUCCAUAAUCUUGACAUAUUACAAUAUGACCUAAUCAUCAUUUUUGACUUUUGUCUUCUUUCAGAAACUAUUUGCCAAAGUGUAUUUUUGAUUCAUAUGCACUUAUAUUGGAGAUACGCUUAUAAUAGAGCUUAUAAUGUCGUGUUUACUUUGUUUUAUGAUAUGCAGUUGUAAAUAAUGCUAUAUUUUUAAUUCUCAAAAGCUUAGCGUUGCUCGGCAAUCUUGUCAGAAACAGUUGUGAUUGAGACAAGUGUGUAUGUCUGCUUGAACAUUUUUAAUAAAUUGCAGUUAGAAAUUGACUACCAUUAUUCAGUUUGAGAACUGAAUUUUUGCAGAGUAGGGGAUAGUUUGUAAACAUAGAAAAUAACAUGUACAAGCAGUCAUUUCACAGACAGUUUAUUUUAAUAGGCAAAUCAUGUAGUAUAUAUAUAUUAUUUACCUUGCUGUGAAUUGUUCUACUUGUACUUUAAUACUUAUUAAUUUGCAUUGAUUUGUUCUGAAGCAAUAUUAGUUCGCCAGUGUCACCAUUUUUUUUCAAAUAUUUGUUUAAAUAUAAAUUGACUAAUUGUAAUGAUUAAUUAAUUAAUGAGUAGAUUUGAAUAUGCUUCAUUUCAUAUGUAUUGGACUUGAGUGAUUUUGAUGUAUGGUCCCUCUCUAUUGAAGUGAAUUUAGCAAGUUUAGAAACUUUUCAGUUUGUAAACAGUCACGGAUUUUGGGGAGUUUAGAAACUACAUCAUUUAGGUUCAUUGCCACCUCAAGAUUUUGUUAUUGAUAAUCACAUAUUAAACCUGUGAAGUGUACCGUAAUUAUCACCAUUUGAAGAGAUAUAAUUAAUAUCUAAUGGUUGUUAUUCACAAUUUUCAUUUAGCAGAUAUUUGUAAUUAUAAACGUCUAGGUUGUUAUUUUAAGUUCAUUAACUCUUCGUCUUCAUAACUUAGGCGACAAAUAUUGAUUUGUUCUUAGCUACUUUGUUUCUCUUCCACGACCUUAGACGAACACGAUUUUGUCUUUCACAAGUUUUUUUUUUUUUUUUUUCUUCCACUGGUCAAAAAUUGUUUCAGAUUUAUAGAAUCUUGAUAAUGACCACUUUAUUUUUAGCAAAAACUUUUGGUGUUUUGUGUGUGUAAUGGGUGUACCUUAACAUAUAUUGGGUUUGCAUAUGGAAAUAUUUAGCAACUGUGUCGCAAAGCCUUGUGUCCCCUCCUUAAUUAACCAAAGAUGUAGUGCUAUAGGGAUAUUGAGAAAAAAUUGCAUUGCAACAGGACUCUGAAAUCACUAAUAAUGCUUUGAUAAUACUUGUAGUGCCAACAAGAUAUUUUGUGUGUGUAUAUUUAAAUAUAUAGAAGACUGGUAUCAUGGUUUAGACGUCAUUAAGACAUAAUAUAUUUACGUGUCUGAUCAUGUGACUUUGAAAGAUUCUAAUGAAAUUUACAAUAGGAAAAACCCAAUGCACAUAUUGGAGAAACAUUUUUUUUUACAGAAGAUAAUGAGAUUAUUUGUGUACCAAGUAUUUAUGAGAUUCAAACGGUAUUUCUUGUAUACCAAUGUAAUUAUUUGAUCAACUUGCAUGGGUUUUCUGAUUUUAACAGUAUUUUACAGUAGAAUUGACCCCUAUUGCUCAACUAUACCAUGUGGAGGCACUAUAAUAUUAGUCUUUGCAACUUGUGAGUAUUAUUUGCAUUUCAAUCUUAGUCUCAUUCAGCAUGAUCAAACUUUGACCAAUGAUAGAUGCAGCACAAUUACUGCAAUCUUGACCUAUUGUGACAAUGUCUGACCUUAGGGUUUGACAUGUGAUCUUGACCAAUUGUGACAAAGUCUGACCUUAGUGUUUGACAUGUGAUCUUGACCAAUUGUGACAAAGUCUGACCUUAGGGUUUGACAUGUGAUCUUGACCAAUUGUGACGAAGUCUGACCUUAGUGACAUGUGAUCUUGACCAAUUGUGACAAGUCUGACCAGGGGGUUUGACAUGUGAUCUUGACCAAUCGUGACAUCUUAAGGAGAUUUGUAAGUGUCAUGUACUUAUGAAACAAGGCUGCGAGUAAAGAAUUAGUUGAGCAGUAGGUGGUGUAUUUAUCCUUUUUACUCCAAAUCAUUGAAUCUUGUACAGGAAAAUAAAAAUAAUUGUAAUUUGUAGUAUAAAUUUUCCAUACUGUAUUUUUCAAACAAAUAAUGAGAGAAAAAAUUAGGACCAAAAAAAAAAGUGUACAAUUUCUUACUCUUGUAUAAUAUUACAUAUGUAUCAUAAUAAAUCAAUCUUUUUUCAUUUUUUAAAACUUAAAGAGAAAGUUGUAUUUUUUAAAAUUCCUUGUAAAUGUCUUCAAGUGUGUAUAAAUAAGAAAUUUUUAGCUCACUGUUAUUUUUUUCUCUUUUAAAUGAUUCACAUACUCCAGUGUAUUUUAUACUCGGUGAGUAAUUUCACAAAAUUCUCAUCUAACCAUAGAGAGAAAGAGCGCCCUCUUUGGUUUGAUACUGUCUUAGUAACUGUAUUUGUUUUUACAACUUCUUGAAAAUAAACAGUCAGUUAAUAAUAU